CGAGCCAAUGCAAAUGACGGUGAAUUUCACAACACUAUUGGAGAAUUAGUCGUCUAGCGACUAUGUGUGACGGCCAAUCGAUUCGUGUUAAUCUGGGAGGAAUCCUUUUUCUUGCAUCUGCAUUAAAGGUUUGCUCAUUGGGCCGAGUUGCUGGCUUGAGGCUUCACCGAGCCCCCCUUUGUACGGUUCCGUACGCCGCGUCUGAACGUUCCCUUCCACUAGUUCUCACUGUUUCAGAUCGAAAAAAGCAGUUUCUUCUUUUGAAGGCCGGCACCACACGAGGAGUUCGGCUCGUCGACGCAGCAGACUCUGCGCUGGCUUGCCUUUUCCCAUUCUCCUUUCCAAAAAUGCUGCUGUGACUGCUGCAAGGAACGCUAGGGCAUGCCUCACGAGUCGACAUUGGAAUAUUACAUUCUUUUGGGCUGCUCUUCCGGCGAAAUGCUGUAGCGCAACUGCAAGUUGAAUGAGUGGAGAUACCUGCAUCGUUGAGCAGUCUUUUUUUCAGUGUCAUUCCCAGGCUAAACACACAAGGGUGGUCGCCGCUGGUAUCCCGUCGACGCGGGGUCUUGCUUUCCUCUCACACAGGAAAGCUGAUUUUUCCGGAGGGGGGGGUUCGCACCGCCACUUGGCACGGACUGCCGGUCGCCGGUUUUUCGUGGGCAAAUUUUGCAAGUGUCGGAGAGGCCGCCAUCGACAAACAGCGUUCCCUGAACCCGCACAUGUUCCUCCGUUUUGCAAAGCGCUGCGGGCAACUUGGUGUACAUGUUGGUUUACCUUGCACUGUAUGUACGCUCGAUUGCAAAAUCGAACCCCAGACUAGUUUCUUCGAAGAUCUAGCGAGCGAACCAGAGAAGGACGAACCGGGCGGCACGAAAGCCGGUGAUCCCCCAGAAGAGGAGGAACUCGAAUAGCUUCCUCCAUUCGAAAGGGCAUGUCCUGGACAAAACUGGUUCUACACAAGUGACGUGGCACUGCCGGUCAUGUAUUUUUCUUCAUUCCCGCGAAACUCCGUGGUCAGCGGGUGGACACCGCACAUGACAGCACAGACCUGUGUGGCGAGGUGACGGACUCUGAUUUGUGUCCGGGUUUCGACUGGCGUCUCCCGUUCUUAACCGUAAGCCGGAAUAGUUGUGACGGGCGUAUAGCUUCGCUUGCUUGCCAAGCAACGCGGUGCUUUUUUUACAGAGGCCACGGCUUUGAUGCGACAAGUCUGACCUGCUGCACGACCAAAGCCCCUGUCGUCAAUUCCCGCACUGCGUCUCUCUGUACAAUCACGCGUCAUCGACCUCAAUUUUCCCUGGUCUGUCAUCGUCGUAUAACCUGCCCAUUUUCUAAAGGAAGCCGUAGCACCAGAGGCCGUCUGAGUCUGUGUGUGCCCUGCACUACAGACGCACAUUCUAGGCGUGGGUAGUCGUUCUGACGAGGGAGAGUCUUCUCGAGUCACAGCAAGACUGUGAGCUCGUUCUGUGGCGUUUUCGUCAAGCGUUCUCUCAUACUCUUCCAGCCGCGGGACUCCCGCCGGUUCCCAUAUCUCGAGGUCCUGUGUUUCCCUUCUCAGAACCUCUGGUCCGCGAGUCAACGCAGCCUACCAGAGUGGAAGGGUCCUUGUCGCCAACUCCCCCGUAAAAUCCCUGAAUCCCUGCUCCUCCGCGGACAUUCCUGAGGGUAUCUUUGGUUUUCCUCCAAACCCGUAGUUUUCUCCUUUUCCUGCUCCUCAAGUUCCGUUCUCGGCGUCUUUUCCUGAUUUCGUCUGGGCGAUGUUGAAGCGCCUGUCGAAGGCUUCCCGGAGCGGGUCCGGGACGGCCCGCGCGGCUGCGUGGGAAGAGGCGGGGAGCACGAACCCAAACACACCAGUCGUGGAGGAUCCGGGCGGGGUCCGGGGAGUGGGCAGCCGAGGCGGCAGCGGGGAGCCACCUGGGACGCCGCGGCACGGUCCAGAGGACGAGCCCAAGAAGCGCCACUCGCGCGCCAGCAGCAAGUUGUUUUCGCGUAUCACUUCCAAGGUUUCGCGCUCGGUCUCUGCGCUGCUGCACGGGGACUCGGGGCCCAGCGAGGGUUUCGACGACGCCCACGGCAAGGCCGACCGGGCGCGCGCCCCCGCGCAGAGGCGCGAGACCGAGGAGAGGAGCAGCGCGAGCGCUUCGGCGGAGGCCGGCGACGCACUCAACCACGAGCAGUCGCUCCCGCACAAGAAGAAGUUUCAUCUGCCCCACCCGCAUCUUCCUGGUCACAGCCGCAUGACGAUGAGGCCGCAGAACAGCCAGGGGACCGGCGCUUUGGAGCUCCUUGAAGGCGACGGUGCGGCCGCUGGUCUUGCCCACAAGAUGCAUCCCUCCCACCUGCCUCAUUUGCACCUGCGAGGCUCGAUCCUCGGCCUCGUCCGCGAAGCUGCGCACGGCGGUAAAGAUAUCCCUCAUUGCGAACCCGAGCCUGAACAAGGCGUCGAACUGCUACAGCAGCUCCACCAAGCCCACGAACGCGCCAGGCAAAUCGUCGAAAAGAGCCGCAAACAGAAAGAAAGCCUCCUGCAACGCGCACGAGCCGAAGUCGAACAAGAAGCCAACAAACUCAGGGAAGAAGCCGAGAAAGAGUUCGAAGUUUCGGCGGAGGCUGAACACGAAGAAGACGCGGCCUUCUUGACGGCGACGAACAACGCGAAAGCAGAGGUUGAUGUCGCUCCGGAGGUGAUGGAUCAUGCCGUCCAUUUCUGCAUUGACCAGGUGCUGAGCGUGGACGUAAAGCUGCCAGAGGAGUUGAAGAAGCGUCUUCCGAUCAUCAAGGCGCAUCCGCCUACGUUUUUCCGGAAGAGUUGCGCGUCUCAGUUUCCGACGACUCGCGGGGCGAACGAGCCUGCGAUUCUGAAGGCCGCGCUGGACCACUCGUACCGGCAAAGUUUCAACCAGAGCACAGCGCACUACGGCUCUUUUGUAGGGCAGGACAACGACGGCUACCGAGGCCCCGGGCUGAGCAACCUGGGGGGACGAAGUGGGUCAACAGAUGCGAAGAAAGAAGUUUACUCUGCGAUUUUGGGAGACCGCGCGUGGAACGACGAGGACGAGUUCCACAUCGACCUCUCAGACACCGAACAGCCGCGCGCCGGAGGAAACUGGUGGCAGGCAGGCAGACGCAGAGGAAACGAGGGAGAAAACUGCUUCCAUAGAGGCCAUCGGGCCCUCUGUCAAGGAUGUUGGCCGGCUGUCUCCUCUUAAAACAGAGGCCGAAAGAGAGAGAGGAGGGAGAAAACGAUGUAGAGGGAAAGAGAAAAAAAAGAGAGGAGGGAGACUUAGACGAGACACGAUUUUGGCAAAAAGACUCGGGGAAACGCGUCCGGGAUCCGGCUCCCGUUAUCAGAGACUGUACGCCCCAUGGUGGAAAGACACCCAAUGAAAAAAUUGUGGCCCGAGUCAGUCUCGUGUGCACCAGCCCCGAUCUUUUGCUGUCUUAGUUCUCGCUGUAUGUAUAGAGAGACAGGUAUAUCUCUUACGUGGACGCAGACAUGCUUCUGCACAUAUAUUUAUGUAUGCACUUGUGUGGGAGCAGAAAGACUGCGCAUCCACCGAGGCGCCCGCUUCACUUGCGGUUCUUUGGAAAACCAGCGCAGGGCCGGACGAAGGCUUCCUCUGGAAGAAAUGCGGCGAUGGGGAGACUGGAUCAGGCUCUUCCUACGAAAGGCCUACCGAAAAAAAGGUGACGUUUUGUUCUGCCUGCCAACACGAGACAGUGGAAUAUUGACGUAUGUCUUUUUAUACGUAUAUAUUUUCAUGUAUGUGUGUGGAGUUGAUUUUGCAUGCAUGCUUUGGAGCUUGGCCUUGGGUUGGUAGGCCACCCGUCGAAGGAACGCGUUGGGUCAGCGUGCCGUAGCGUGUGGACGCGUGGAGAGGCUUAGGGGGGGUGACAGCGAGGACUUAUUUGAUAAGGCGACGAGUAGGGAGGAGGAAACAAUGUUGGCAGUGAGGUAGCUUUCCAUUUUGGGGAUCCAAGGACGAACGCACCGUCUUCCAGAGAGGAGCGAGAGAUGGGAGGAGAACACAGGAGGCGGCAGAUACAUGCAUCUAUUUGGCUAUUCAUGUACUUGUUUCUGUUUUCCCCCGCAUACAUAUCUGGUGUGGCGGGUCAGCGUUCUUCUGCUGAAUUUUGACUUGGUGGCACGCGUUGUUCCACUUUCUGCGAGAGCGAAAACUUGUUUGAGGCGCACUUGGCAACUGAGAGGUUGUUCGCCAGUUUCGAGAGAGCGCGAACCGUCACAAGUGCAGAAAAUCGCAUCCUCAAACAGCGGAGCACGAGCGGAUACGCUAGACCUUUUGGUGACAGAGGGAGCAAGAAGACUUUUGAUUUUGCUCUCGGGUUCCGCCUCAGGGCAGAGACACGGGGAUUGAACGAAAGUGACAGCUUGACAGAAAUUGAUCCGUCGGCCGCAACGGGAAGUCUCUCCCGGCAGCAAAAGAAGAACUGUACCACUGAAACAGAAUGAACAGGUGCACUGUCAUAUUCAAAUAACGAUAUGUCAGUAUAUAUAUCUGUACUAUGUAGAAGCAUCAACGUGAAAUGUCUGUGUCUACGGAUACUUCUCUGGUGUAGAUAAGAUCUGAAAGGGGCGUCUUGUGGGCAGUUGCCGUCGCAGAUUUUAGCUCGCAAGGUAACAAUCGAGAACCACGAGGAAGUUGCGGAUGCAAUCGGUUUCUUUUCCGGUGGUUGUCUGCUGCCCCAAUAUUGUCGCUCUCUCACGUUUCACGUUAUUUCAAGUCGUCUUCAUGUUAGGAGACUCUGAACCUUCAUCACGCUAGAAGGUGCAGCAUCGAGAUGUUUCACUAAACGUGCUGCAGGCAGGAGACUGCAUUUGAUGUUUACGACUUCGGUUCAUUCUGUUCUGAUUUUUCAACGCUGU